CUGGUCACUGCUGGGGGUUAAAGCAGAGGGCUCCUGACUUGCCUGGCCAUGAGCUUGCUGUUUGUGAAACAAGCAGACAGCUUCCUGAGGAGCUGGAAGGGUUCUCUGUCCAUGAAGGAAGCUGGUGAAGAUCAGAAGGACUGGCACCACGAUACCAGGGCCGACCAGGGAUUCGACCACAAAUACUACUGCGGGGCGUGUGAGCACCUGAUGAGGGACCCUGUUCAAACAGAGUGCGGCCACCGUUUCUGCCUGGAAUGUCACUGGGCCCUCCUGAAAGAAUCUAUGCCUUGCCCAUCCUGCUUACGAGAUAACGGAAUGGUUGAGAAUGGUUCGUGUGCCACGCUGGAGAAAUGUUUCAGGGACAGAGCCAUUGCUAAGGAGAUCCUCAACCUGCAGGUCUACUGUCGCAACGAAGGCUGUGACUGGAGCGGACCACUCCGGGAGCUGGAGGGUAAGCAUGGGCCGAGCUGUGAGCGCAGGUUGCUGAGAUGUCCCUUCAGCUUCGUCGGCUGCAGAGAGAUGGUUUCAGGGGCUGACCUGCACCAACACAAGCUGAGCUGUAUUCAGCAGCACCUGGACUACAUGCUUGAGGCCUUUCGGCAGGGCCUGGCGAAACAGGCCCCAGGAUCAGGAGCCAGCCUGGCUCUGCCGGAGGGGGUCCUGGGCGACAGUGACGGUGAGGAACUGCCGAGGGACACAGAGGAACAGCAUGAUCUGAGGGUGAGGGUGCAGACCUUUGAAAACAUCGUGACCGUGCUGAAUCGGGAAGUGGCAAACACGUCUAAUACUCUGAUGGCCCAGGAGAGGAAGCUGAAGGAACAGGAGACAGUGACCACACAGCUCAGAAACAAGAUCCAGCAGCACGAGAAAUCGAUCUGCCUGAAGGACCUGGUCAUCGCUGACCUCCAACUGCGUCUCGAUAUCCUUGAGCACACAUCCUACGACGGCACUUUGGUCUGGGCCAUCUCCGACUUCACCCGCAAGAUGCAAGACGCCAUUGACAGAAAAGUGCCCUCCAUCUUCUCCCCACCGUUCUUCACAGCUCACUGCGGAUACGUGCUGUGUCUGCGCCUCUACCUCAACGGGGACGGAAUCGGGGCAAACACUCACCUCUCACUCUUCCUGGUCAUCAUGAAGGGAAAGUACGACGCCAUCUUGGAAUGGCCCUUCAGCAAGAAGGUGACCUUCCGCCUGUUGGAUCAGAGUGCCAGGCGUCAGCACGUGGUGACUGCCUUCAAACCAGACAUUAGCUCUGCCUCCUUCCAAAGGCCCGUCCAGGCCAUGAACAUCGCCAGUGGCUGCCCAGAGUUCCUGCCCCUUACCCAGCUCCAUGCCAACUGGCAGGGUUAUGUCACCGAUGAUGUCAUGUUCAUUAAGGCCAGCGUGGACUCUUAGAGGGGGGAACACUGGGGCUGGGACAGGGGGGAAUAGGGGCCGUGACCUGGAACCUACCUCUGGACACUGUGGGUGAGAAACAGGAGCCACCCGGUGGUGAUGUUGGCAGAGUUACGGUGAUUAUUCACAGUGAGCUCCAGGCUGGCCUGGAUCCCAGACAUCUCAACAUCCUAACGCUUCAAGUUCUGGACUGCACUUCGGUCGUGAAACCUGUCUCUCAGCGAGCAUCAGGAAUUCUUAUUUAUAUAUUUAAAUAUGUACAUGAUAUCAAUCAUACAGAUCAAACCGAGAGGGGAGGGAGGGGCACUGAUACCCUGCUGGGCGAUACGGCCUUGCCCUGUGCUGACCCUUACAUCAAACUCCUCAGAAUGAAGAUGGGCAAGCGUUCAGGAAGUUAGCCUUCAACUCAUUCACUUACUCACUCCCAGAUUUUAGCAGGGAGGCAGAGAGUGAGAGACACUCACUCAGAGAGUGAGUGACAGAGAGAGAGAGACGGAGACAGAGUCAGAGAGAGAGA